AUGGCAAUAGGCUUGCACACACCUGCACAUGAUCGGAAUGGGCGCCGGGCGUCCUCGAGGCUUGCAUCGGGCACAGAGUACGAGAUUCGACACCCUGUAGGAACAUGGCGAGUAAUGCGCUCACUGUCCAUGAUUCAGGUUGCUGCUUUUGUGGCGGAUAUUGGGAACUGCUUUGCUCACGAAAGUGCCGAGAGACCGCCACAGCCAGGCCCGGCAAGACUCCCAAACAUACCUAUCGAGCAGGGUCUAGCAGAGCAACAACCAGAAACAAGAAACCCUCCCCCCAACGGCAUCCGCAUCACCCGCACCCCGACCAACUCCAACUCCAACACCAAGUCCACCACCAAGUCCAAGGAUCAAUGA